GCUCAGCUCCAGGAGCCAGAGGCAGGCCAGAUGGAAGAAAUAAUGAGGCCUCCGUCCCCUGACUCUUUCCCCCCCAGGCCACGCCUCCAGACCCGGCUGAUGGCAAUCAGACCUGGCUGGACCCUAGGUUUCAUAGGCAGGAGGGGCGGGAACAACAGAAGCGGGUGGGGCAGGCCUAGGAAGUGCUGAGUCAUGGAGCCACACCUCACAGGAUAUAAAGGCAGCAAGAGCUGCUGUCCCUCUUCGUAGCAGGCAAAUCAACUGAUUAACUAAGAGCUGCAGUACUGUUUGUUCCUGGGUGACUCAUCGGUGUUGAGGGAGAUAACAAGAUACUUGGCAGACACUCGCUAGUUUGCUGCCAGAUCUGAUAGUGCCGGCUAAUUAAGCCAUCGCUCAGACGGAGGCAAGGGGGGACAGAACAGAGAGAUUCAGCCUAGAACUUUUAAGGAGAUGUUUCCUGACCGUGAGAACAAUUAGGCAGCGGAACUGCUUGCCACCAGAAGUGGCGAGGUUCUUCAUUCUUGGAGGUUUUCAAGAAGAAAAGUCUGGAAUGGUAGAGGGACUCCAGCUUGGGCAGCAAGAUUGAAAAUCGGGUUUGUCAGAGGCUAAAUCUUUUCUAUCCUGCUCUACGGUGUGGAGAGUUGGUCUGUUGACAGAAAACUACUUGACGAAACAAGAAGCAUUUGAAAUGUGGAUCGACAGGCGGCUGUUUAUACGUAUAAGUUGGGUUGACGAAAUCGGAACGGAGGAGGUGGGAAAGCCCAAGGGAGAUAAUCAAAAGCAUAAAACGGAAGUUUAUAAUAUUUCGGACAUGCGCUGCGACACCCGGAAAAAAUACGGCAUCCAGGGAAGAAUUGAAGGCAAACGAGGUCCAGGCAGAAAAAGAACAUCACGGCUUCAAAAUCUUAAGGGACCGGUUUGGACAAAAAUCAAUCAGAAUAGAGGAGGAAGGGACCUUGUAGAUCAUCUAGUCUAACCUGCUGCCCAAGGGUGGUUCUUGCGCCAUAUCCGUCAUCGGAUUUUUUUUUCGGCAGCUGUUGAUAAAAAUUGGAUUGCCAACGUCCGAUGACGCAAGGAGAAGACGCUUGGGCAGCGGGUUGGACUAGAUGAACUACAAGGUCCCUUCCGACUUUAUCCUGAUUUGAGUCUCGCCUCAAAUAAAUAAAAAUUUUGCCAGGGCAGGAGGAAAAAAACCAGAAAGAGAAAGAAGGAGAGAAGUGGAGAAGUGGAGGGAGAAAAGGAGAUAAGAAAGCAAUUCUAGGGAACUUGAGAAGGACACCUGAUCUCUUAGGGCGAGACCAAUUUGGUGUUUUUUUUUCUUCUUUUUAUGAGCAAGUCCCAAAGAGUUCAUCCAAGGAGCAAAACUUUGGCUCAAAGUCCUUUUUUUUGUUUCUCUUUGAGAUCGUUGCCAACCGAUCCUUCAUUUCCACCCGCCGAAGGCUGCAAGGGACAGCCGGUCCCCUAAUCCUUUGUGCCCUUCUGUCCUUCGAUCGGCUGUUCAAGCCCAGCUCGGUUGACAUGCCCGCAGCUGUUGCAGGGCGUCAUUUUUAAUGUGUUCCCGCACCCCCCUCCGGCUCCUCUCCCUCCCGUUGACUUUUCUCUUUUCUCCUUCGUUCCUCACCGCCGCCGCCACCGGGGCAUCUUUGCGACUUCCUUCAGGUGGGCUGCUCCGAGGGGAGGGGAUGGCAGAAGGACGGGUCCCCAAAAGGCCCUUCUCGCUGCUGGCCACUGGCGCUGGGUGGGCCCAAGCCCUGGGCCAGGCGCUGGUGGUUUUCUGGAGCAACCAGUACGCUUGGCUUCUCGGGGUGCCGGGCCUCCGUCGCGCUUACCACCUGUGGCUGGCGUCCGUGGUCAUUUUUGGGCCCUUGCUUCAGUUCUACGUCAAUCCCCGGGCGAUCUUUGCCAAUCAUCACAACUUCUUUAACAUAAAAUUUGUCCGAUCUGCCUGGGGCUGGACUUGCAUUUUCCUCGGUGGCUUUAUCCUCUCGGUGGUCUAUCUGGCCACCCACCAGAUCCUGCUCACCUUCCGUCACCUGGCUCGCUUGGCGGUGGGCGCCGGCCUCUGGCUAGGCGCCACCGAAGCCUUCCUGCUGAUCGAGAACCUAACCGGCUACUGCUUUGACCCCGUGCCGGAAGGGAUCCUGGUGAAUGGCCUGCCGGACAAGUGGACGUGUCUCCACAAAGGCCACAAAUGGCACGGCUACGACGUCUCGGACCACACCUUCCUGCUCACUUUCUGCUGCCUGCUGAUGGUGGAGGAGACGGCCAUCUUCCGGCGUUACCUGGCCCAGGGUCACCCCGCCGGAGUCCCGCUGCGCCUCAUUUUCCUGCUUAACGUCCUCCUCCUCCUCCUCUGGAAUUUCCUGCUGGCGUGCACGGUGGUCUACCUGUACGACUACAGCCACAAAGUCGUGGGAGCGGCCAUCGCCACCCUGUGCUGGUUCCUCACCUACCGGUGCUGGUACCGCUGCCCUUGUUCCCCGGGGAGACCCGGCGCCGGUCUCUUUCUCCGGGGAGCCUCGAAAGACGUCACGAGGCAGAACUGAACAUCCGCCGAAAGUAGA